AUGGAGUCCGCUAAUGACCAUCUCAUUCUUGCUAAGAAAUUACUCGCCGAAACUCCUCUAGUCGAUGGACAUAAUGACUUUCCGUUUAUGAUUCGGGGGUGGCAUUCCGGAAGAAUUGGCGAAAUUGAUGCUCGCCGAAUGACCAUUGCUCAUACUGACAUGGAACGACUACGAAAGGGCUGUGUUGGAGGUGUAUUUUGGAGCGCCUAUGUACCUUGCCCAAACGAAAAUUCGACCAACAAUUUCUCGACCGAAAUCCACUACGAGAGCCUUCGAGCCACACUUCAACAAAUCGACAUCAUUCAUACAUUAGUCGAAAGGCACCCUGAUGACCUUCAGCUUGCGACAACUUCUAAAGAAGUAUGGCAUGCUUUCCAAUCUGGCAAAGUAGCAAGCUUGAUUGGUGUCGAGGGCUUGCACCAGAUUGCCAAUAGUGCCAGUGCUUUGAGAAAUUUCCACAGGCUGGGUGUGCGCUACAUCACCCUAACACACGACAGUAACAAUCUCUAUGCAGACUCAACUAACGCCGCCGCCUCGCAUCAUGGUGGAUUGUCUGAGAAAGGCGUGGAAAUGAUCAAGGAGAUGAAUCGAAUUGGAAUGAUUGUUGAUCUAUCGCACACGUCGGUACAAGUCCAGAAAGAAGCUUUGUCCAUAGCUAAGGCUCCAGUCAUCUUCUCUCAUUCUUCAUGUUCUUCCGUAACAUGGCAUCCGCGCAAUAGUCCAGACGAUGUUUUGGAUAUGCUGAAGAUCAAUGGCGGCGUUUUUAUGGUGUCAUUUCUUCGCAAACUUACCGAUGCCAAUAAUCCGACUUUGAGCAGAGUCGCAGACCACAUACAAUAUGUUGGAGAAAGAAUUGGAUAUGAGCAUGUGGGCAUUGGAUCCGAUUUCGAUGGUGUUAUGCAAACUCCCCUUGGGCUGGAGGAUGUUUCCAAGUUCCCCUUCCUUAUUGCUGAGCUGCUAAUGCGCGGUAUACCUGAGCCGUCCAUCAAAGAAAUAAUGAAAGGGAAAGGUGUAGAAAUGUUACAUGACUGGAUCGAGCCGAUCUGGGACGAGCAAGUCAAAGAUGAGGUCAAGCGGGUUAGAGGUGUUGUUGAAUAG